AUGGACGCUGGUGGAGAAGAUGAUGUACACAACAAAUAUCGUCGAAAGAGAAAAUUUUCAAACAGGAACAAUAGUGUUUCAAUAUCCAUCCCAGUGAUCUCCAAUGAAUUGAAUUCGGGUGAAAAUGAUGGUGUUGUACAUAGGUGGACACGUGAAAAGUUAUCAUUUCUAAAACAUUUUACAAUUCGGGUCAUGAAGCCAGAUGAAAAAGCUGUUGAACUGUUGAACCAAUUCGUGCUCGUUUCUUGCAUACUUGCCAUUUUCAUAGACCCCUUAUUCUUUUACUUGUUGUCGAUGAAGAAGGACUUCAAGUGUGUAGUAAUUGAUUGGACAUUGGCAAUAACCCUUGUGGUUUCCAGAAGCAUAACUGACCUUAUAUAUUUCUUGCGCAUGCUUGUUGAGUUCAGGUUAGCAUACAUUUCAUCUGAUCCAGUAGUUGUAGGUGCUGGAGACUUGGUUCAAAGUCCUAGAGAAAUCAGGCCACGUUAUAUUUCUGGAUUUUUCUUGCUUGACUUAUUUAUCAUACUACCAGUUCCUCAGAUAGUUGUACUAUUUAUCCAACCAAAUGGCGUUACAUCACCCGGAAUAAUUAGUAACGCAAAGUUUAUCUUGCAAACAGCUUUUAUUAUACAGUACAUUCCCAGAUUAUACCGAUUUCAGCCUCUUCUUGCUGGCCAGUCUCCAAGUGGUUUCAUAUUUGAGUCAACAUGGGCCAACUUUUUCAUCAAUCUUAUGACUUUCGUCUUGGCUAGUCAUUUUAUUGGGUCAUGUUGGUAUAUGUUAACGAUAAUGAGGAUGAAUAGAUGCCUUCGAGACGUCUGUAAUAAUUCUACAAUUACAGAUUGUAGAAAGUUUAUAGAUUGCGGUCGUGGGAAUGAUUAUGGGGGUUUUGAACGUAAUUUGGAAUGGAAUGACUGGAAACAAGAUAGAAAUUCUAGUGUUUGUUUUCGUGAAGAUGGUAUAAAUUAUGGAAUUUACGCUACAGCUGUCAAUCUUACUACCGAUAAAAGUUUCCUCACAAGAUAUGUAUACUCCUUUUUUUGGGGGCUUCAGCAAAUCAGUACACUUGCGGGAAAUCAAACUCCAAGUUAUAUCGUUGGGGAAGUUUUAUUUACCAUGGGAAUCAUUGGACUUGGACUUUUGCUUUUCGCUCUUCUUAUCGGAAACAUGCAGAACUUUCUUCUAGGUCUUGGACGCAGACAAAUUGAAAAGUCACUUAGAAGACGUGAUGUUAAGGAGUGGAUGAAACACCGUGGCUUGUCAGACGAGAUAAGAAGAAGAGUUCUCGAGUCGGAGAGUUGUAAUUGGGUGGCUACCCGAGGGGUUGAUGAAGAGACGCUAAUGAAGAAUCUACCGGAAGAAUUGCAAAGAGAUAUACGCCGACAUAUCUUUAAGUUUCUCAAGGAAGUCCGAUUAUUUGCACUUCUGGAUGAACCAUCAUUAGAUGCAAUAUGUGAGAAGUUAAAGCAAAAGACUUACAUCAAGGAAGGCACAAUCUUAUAUGAAGGAGGGUUUGUAACAAAGAUGACUUUUAUUGUAAGAGGAAAAUUGGAAAGCAUUGAAAAAAAUAGGAAUGAUAAAGUUUCAUUGUCGGAGGGUGAUGUAUGUGGUGAAGAACUUCUCAAAUGGUGCCUUCAAGAUAAAAGAAGCCAGAGAAAACAAGGGAACAGAUUGCGUAGCAAAAGGACAGUGAAAUGUGUAACAAAUGUUGAGGCAUUUGUUCUUCGGGCUGAAGAUCUUGAAGAAGUGAUCACUCUUUUUGAUGGAUUUGUAAAGAAUCAUCGUCUUCAGUUUGCCAUUAGGAAAAAGUCUCCAUACUGGCAAGGUGUGGCGGCAACCACCAUCCAGUUGGCAUGGAGAUACAAGAAGAAGCGGCUAAACCGUCAUGCAUGUGUACCGGGCCAUACCACUAAUAUGUUGUAACUUUAUUAGUAGUUUUCAUGGCUUAUGAAGUUGUAAUAUGUUUCUUUGAAUGAAAAAUAUACCCUUGGGGCAUCUAUUCCAUUUGCGUUGUUAAGAUGUAGUUGAGCUGGCUUACUAUGCUAAUAUCAAAUUCAACGCUUCCUAUGAUCAACAAAAAUGGACUAUGGACUAUCUAUGCUUUUACAUUGUAUAUUAUUUUCCGGAGUCAAUUACAUUCAUGGUCUUGAGUAUAAUUGAUUUCUUCAAUUUUGGU